UGAGCGUCUCUAGCUGCGGACUGACUGACUCUAACUCUCUAACUCUCUGACAGUGAAUGGAUUAUUACAGACCGUGAGAGCUGAUCAGGAGCCAUGCAGCCUGUGAACGUUGGCACACACACACUGACAGGAUGAACUCUUCCCUUCUCGCUCUGUCUCUCAUGUUCCUCAUUGACUCUGUGUUCGGCUCCCUCCCCGCUCCAGUCAAUGUUAGCAUGAGCUCUACCGACUUUCAUCACUUCCUGCGGUGGGAUCCUGGACCCGGCACCCCCCCGGGAACGCUGUACAAGAUCUUCAAUAGUCUGCGCAAGACCAGACACAAUAUAACAGAGACCACAGAGACAUCACUGUGGCUUCAACUUGACAAAACCAGGACAUAUAGACUGACUGUCCAGGCGUACUACAACCAAACCCAGCACAGUCCACCGUCCAGUGAACUCAUCUUCAUUCCUGGCGAACAUACUAAAUUAAGUGCUCCAAAGCUGUCGCUGGCUGGAUGUGGCGACUGCAUCCACAUCAACAUUUCCCUGAAGGAGGAGGUCCAAGAAUUUUACAAUCCCAGAUUCACAUUGCUGUGGUGGAAACGGAACGAACCAAAGGGUAACCAUGAAAUAAGCACAACAGACAAACCAAGUUUCACUCUUGAUAACUUGGAGAAAGGCGAGGAGUACUGUGUGCAGGUGGAAACAGAGGCUAUGACCAACCACUUUCCGAAAUCAGCUGUGAGCUGCACCUUCACCAGCGUGGUGGACACAAACAGAGUCUAUGUUAUUUUAGGUGCAGUUGCUGGUACGGUGAUAUUUGUAAUCGGUGCCUUUACGAGCGUCGUGCUUUGCCUCCAGUACACCGGCUUCCUGUGUAAACUGAAGGCGACUCUGCCCAGAGCUCUGACUGCAGUAAGAAACUCGACUCUUCUCUCCGGUAAGAUCCUGACGCUGGAGCAGACGAUCCCUGACCUGAUCUCUGUCCGCUCGGAGACGGACACACAAGAUAAGAGUAGAAACCCCACAGUGCCUCUUCCUGUCCCCAAGUCCACUAGCACAGGGAACGAGGUAGAAGAAGAAGAAGAUGAUGAAGAGGAGGAAGAUGGAGCGCAAAACCCCUACAUGGACAGAGACGGCGGACUAUCCUCGGGGGAAAACUCCCACCAGGACAGUCGGGAUGUGACGGCGAACGGCGCGCUGGCUGCACAAGAAUCGACUCUUCUCUCCGGUAAGAUCCUGACGCUGGAGCAGACGAUCCCUGACCUGAUCUCUGUCCGCUCGGAGACGGAAGAUGGAACGCAAAACCCCUACAUGGACAGAGACAGCGGACUAUCCUCAGGGGAAAAUUCCCACCAGGACAGUCGGGAUGUGACGGCUGAGGUGGAGGAAGCGGACACGGAGUUGAAUCCAUAUGAGGGUAAAGAUAGAGGAGAGGUUUCUGUUGUGUCUGAGAGGCGUCAAACUGGAGUCCAGGGAUAUGGCACAGGUCAGGAGGAAGAGGAGGAGGAGCAGAUAAAGGAGGAGGCGUGCCACAGCUCGGGCAAUAUCAACCUGUUCUCGGUCACCCUCACCGCGCUGGCUGAUGUAGAGCGGUCGUCCUCCAGUUGGAAGACGGGUGGUUUGAUUCCCGGCUCCUCCAGUCCACAUGUCCACAUGUCCACACUUAACCCCAGAUUUGUCCCGUUGCUGCGGCCACAGUGUGUGAAUGAGAAAGAAUGGUUUAAUUCCCCUGAUGAGCAGGUUGGCACCCUGCCUGGUAGCCCUGCCAUCAGCGUGUGA